AUGCCACUCGAUAAACCCACGCAUUUCUACCAACCCCAAAUCUCGCACAGCUUCCGAUACCGGCCGCUGGACCCUUCCGAGGGUGAAGAUAUUCGCCUCCUGUGUCUCUACCCCGGCGAAUUUCACGAACAUAUCCGAUGCGAUCUCCUCCACACGAAUCUGGAUGAUGACAUCGAAUACGAGGCCCUCUCCUACACGUGGGCUUCCGAAGAUGGAGACGCUAGCUUAUCACAACGGAUUCAUUGCGCUUACAUUGGAGAGGAAGAAACGUCGAUUUUGCCAGUGACACUAAGCUGCGCGUCUGCGUUGCGCAGGCUAAGAUCUACCUCACAAGAAAGAAUGCUAUGGGUCGAUGCACUCGCUAUUGAUCAAAGCAACAUGCGAGAGCGAAACCAGCAGGUCUCAAUCAUGGCGAGGAUAUACUCAGGCGCUUCGCAAGUUCUGGUCUACCUAGGAGAAGAAGACCUAGGGUUUGGCUCUCGCAAUCUAUGGCUAGAUACCGAGAGACGACAAGUUGCGCUGAAGAAAUUGUUUGCCAAGAGAUGGGCCUCACGGGUAUGGGUAAUUCAAGAAGCAGCGCUGGCGCAAAAACUAGUGAUGGUUACGGGCAACACAUCCUGUCCUAUGGACACCAAUUUAAUGAGCCGCAUCCGUGGAAGAGCCAAAAUAUCUGGAUUGCAGAUACCCGGUCCACUAGCUUGGGACCCACUAGUGAGUGCGCCAACGAGAGACCUACUGACGAUGCUGCAUAUGACACGCAAUUGUUCGUCGACAGAUCCGAGGGACAAGGUAUACGGUCUAUUGGGCUUGGUAGGCGAGCACGUACAGAGUUUGGUACCAAUCGAUUACACACAGAGCGUGGACGAAGUUAUGACGCACGCAGCGGCUGCAAUCAUCAUCUGCAGAGAAGAUUUCGAGAUAUUAUCAUACGCAUCGCAUAAAGCAAGACCUGCGCGGCAUAAUUUACCGACUUGGGUACCAGACUGGACUGAAUGGGCAGGCGACAUCACAAUACGUCCCCAAUUUCAAAGCGCAAAGAUAGGGCCCUGGAAAUCGUUGGAGAAGUUGAUGUGGAACCGGCCUGCAGCUGCUCAGUCCAACGAGAUAGACUGGAAAUCAGUGGUCGACAUACCCGCCAGCUGGCCGGCAAAUAUCUACUCAAAACCCUCCAUUGGGGUUCGCGCACACUGCCUUGCUACCAUAGACAGCGCGACCAUGCAAGGGGUUAGCGAGAGCCAACGAUGGCAAGGCGCUCAGGAUUUUGGUCUAAGCUUGAAGAAUCUGAUGGAUAGCGACGCUGAACCGCGCGGUUUUGGUAUGCAGUCGUGGCCUACACGAUAUAGAUGGCUCUUCGAUCCUCACUACACUCGCCUCAACCAAUCUCAACCUCGAGUAACAAGUGCCGGGGAUCUCCAUUGGAUCGGAUUACAACAGUUUUGCGCCGAGCUUCAGUCUCUUGGAAAAGACAAACGCAUCUUUCGGGCUGGAUACCUGCCAGCAGUAACGAGUCAUGAGUUCGAGGUGGGCGAUACUGUAUGGGCGGUCGAUGGCUGUACAGUCCCGCUGAUUCUCAGACCUGAGUACAACGUGGCACCCAGAAUGGCUGGCCGCCGAAGCUUUUUCAUCGUGGGUGACUGCCACCUGUUUGCUUUGUCGCAUCUGGAUUGUUGGACUACAGCGGGGACAGGACUGGAUCAACGAUGGGAUUUUGAUCCUUUUCGCCAUAUGGAUGCGAUGGUCGCGGUUUCUGUGAUAGCGUUCUCCGGAUCGUUCGCCAUAUUCCACCCAGGCGCGAGCACCGUACGACCACGUAACGCCAAGACGCAUCAAAUGACUGGAGCACCAUGCAAACACUCGGAUAUAAAAGACUUCGACGCGAUCAGAUGCUGCCUUAGCUGUGGCGAAGUUAUUUCAGCCUCUUCCCUGGCAGCCUACGUUCACACAAGCGAGGCUACAGCUCUGUACAAAUACAAGAACCUGGACCACAAGCUCGGUCGCGAGUUACGAUUGGUUCUACUCCUUCCAGGCAACUCUGAGGAUGCAUUAUGGUGCGAGAUAAUACACGUCGAUAUGGAUCACGACCCUGAAUACGACGCUGUAUCUUAUACUUGGGCGACCGAGGAUGGCGACUCACGUCUUACCAAGGCCAUCUUUUGUAUUCAGGGCGGGUCUGUUCCGAUCACUAUGAAUUGUGACGCGGUGCUUCGUCACCUGAGGCAGCUUGGCAAACGGAAGCUCUGGGUCGAUGCAAUAUGCAUCGAUCAGACAAAUGUUAGCGAGCGCAACCAUCAGGUCGGAUUGAUGGAUCUGAUCUACACCAAUGCACGAGCUGUCUACAGCUGCAUCGAUCACACUUCGAACUUUAGUUAUCUCUUUCGCAGGCUGCUUGGAAAAAGCACGCAGGAUUAUGCGACCAGUUCCGCUUUGGCAGACUUGAAAAGUCUCUUCUCAUUACGGUACUUCACCCGGGUCUGGGUUAUCCAAGAAGUAGCUUUAGCGCGGGCUGCAUACCUGAUUGUUAAUGAUAAUGUCCUCCCACUGACCGCCGCUGUAAUUGAGCGGAUGAAGAAACUCGGAAUCGUUUCUUGCCUACACACAACCUGUACCUUGCAGGCGACUGAUACUCGAGAUCACAUCUACGCCGUCAUAGGUCUCAUGGAAGAAAAGGCUAAAUCGCUUAUACCUGUCGAUUAUUCUUUGGAUCGCAACGUGGUCUACAGGAACGUAGUCGCGGCAAUCAUUGCUACUCGACAAAACCUUGAAGUCCUGGUGUUCUCGAGAACCGACCACCUCGACCCUAGGGGAGAUUGGCGCGCAGAACCAUGUCUGGAUAUGCCGGCGUUGAGGUCCUACCUCGAUUCAACGAUGCGAAGUUUGACUAAGCGCAGCGAACGAUUUACUUGGCCAUCACAUCACGAGAAACACCACGUUAACACUCCAUGGCGGAAAACCAUAAGGGUCGUUAUAUUGUCGCCUUCGAAGUUUCGCGAUGCCUCGAAGUACGAUCACGCAUCAGGACCUGCCAACUUUGUGGAUUUCAUUCGUGUGAAAGCCACACAAAGCUUCAACUAUCGGCAAAUUCGGCCGCUCAAAAAUCAUGACCACGCAACGUGCUUCAUCGAAACACCCCAGGAUGCGCCAUCUGGCUUACUACCGCGACUACGCUAUAGACCUCAUGAUGUUCGACCUGAUGAGGCUGACGAGAUCUUCGCUAUUGAUGGCGCGAAAGAACCUUUCAUUUUGCGCAGAGCCGAAGGCCAGCAGUACCGAGUCGUGAGUGCGUGCUACCUAUGGGCCGCAUGGGACCUGGACUGUUGGAAUCCAGGCAGUAAGAAGGGAAGAUGGGGUCCAGGUGUCGUGAGACCUACCAUCGAGCAGACGCGAAUGAUUGAGAUAUACUAG